AUGAGAAACCCUUUCCCACCCACAGACUCUUUGCCUGGCCAUGGACAUGUCCACCUGGCUUUGCUACCUCCGGGCGCUCCCGUCCUUCAGACCCUGACUUAUCAGUAUCCUCUCAAACUGAUUGCGCCUGCUCCUGUGAACAUAACUCCACCGUUCGACAAUGACUCGUCUUACCAGGUUCACACUCUUUAUAUUCUGACCUAUGGUGGUGGUAUAGUCGCAGGUGAUUCUCUCAACCUGCGCAUUGAUCUUGACACCACCACUCGUCUGCUCAUCCUUACUCAAGGCAGCACCAAGAUCUUCAAGGCACCAACCUCAUCUACACUCAGUCGACAGGACAUGAAUAUGCACUUGAAGCCUGCCGCUGCUCUGGUUUAUCUUCCUGAUCCUGUUCAACCCUUUGCUCAAAGCGCAUUCGAACAAAAUCAACGAUUCUACAUUCACCAUCAGCAGGCCCUUCCCAAUGCCAGCAUCUGUGUUCUGGACUGGGUAUGUCAAGGUCGCAAAGCCUUAGGUGAGGAUUGGAAUUUCUUCAAGUAUUCCAGCAAGAACGAAGUCUGGCUUGUCGACGGAUCCACCGGAUCCGAUGAUAAGAGGUUACUAUUGCGUGACAAUGUCACUCUGGACGCCAGUGACGACGCUAUACAAACGUCACUGGCACGGCGCAUGGACGGUCUCGGUGCUUUCGGUACUUUAAUUCUAUAUGGACCUGUGUUUGCAAGUCUUGCGGCAUUUUUCAUGGACGAAUUCAAGUCAAUACCCCGGAUCGGAGGCAGGAAGUGGGAUUCCGGCAACGAAGCUGACGACGCGUCUCAAAAUUUGGAUCCUCUCGUCAUCAAACGGAAUGCAAGACAGAAACAAGAACUAAGCGAUGGAUUGCUGUGGACAGCGGCAUCGAUACGAGGAUGCGUCGUAGUCAAGUUUGGCGCAAGGGAAGUCGAAGGUGGAAAACGCUGGUUACGUUCGAUGCUGGACAUAGAAGGCAGCGUUCCUACUCAGUUCGGAGAGAGAAGUUUGCUCUGCUUGCGAUAA